AUGGAAACCGACGAAGAUGAAAUGCUCACUUGCGCUGUUCAAGCGAGCCUGCGGCUACAUAAAGAGCAUCAGAAAAACCUGGAAGACGCGGUUGUGUCCCAACUGGAAAAUGAGGAAAAAGCCCUUCGCGAAUCUGAGGCUGAGGCCGCCGAGGCCCAGCGCGCGAGGCAAGAUGAAGAGGACCAGCUCCGGUCGAUUCUUGAGAGAAGUGUUGCAGAUGCGGAAGAGGCUAGGAUCCGAAGGAGGAUAGCAGAGGAAGAACGAGCGAGAUUGGAUCGACUCUUUGGGUCAGGAAACAAGUUGGGUAUGGACCAAACAAGCCGAUUGCUCUCUCAUAUGAGAGCAAAUGGUGGUCGCAUGCUACAAGAUGAUAGGCCCUUGCGUGUCGAACAUGACGAGGGUGAGCUCGUACAGGGCCCUCGUGAGCCAGACUCUGUUCUUCAACCUGCAUGUUCGCGACGUCUAUCGGGCACCCCUAGCGGGCUGAGUGGGCUGGAGCUUCGAGUAGAUAGAGCUCUGAUGGAGAGAGCUCUCAACAGACCACAGCUGCCAGCGGUUGCCAUAGCUCGACGCAACACUUCUCCAGCAGCACGGCAAAUACUAUCUUCUCGCAGCACACAAUCGCCAGAACCAACACAAAGAUAUGAUCUCAACAUGAGCGAGCGUCGACCUCUCACCACUGCUGCCACUAUCCUUAGUAGCACUGAUGGCGGCGGCAGAUCGCACAGCAGAGUCAACAGAAACCCUCUCCCCUCCAUAAUGUCCUACUCCCUCGACGAAAUCCUCUCUCGCAGCCGACGUGACGCUUUCCCAACGGGCUUCUACACACCAGCCGUUGAAGAACGUAACAACGUCGAGCUCCAAGCUGCCAUAAACGAAUCCGCGGGUGGGCGGUACCGUGACGAGGAGGAGGAAGCCAUCCGGCGCAACCGCGACAUCCCAACGUACCCAGAGGCGGUGUUUAUGAAGUUCUACCCGGCACCUCGGGGCCGGAGAUAUGUGUUUCAAGGGCCCAGUUCUGUGACAUUUGAUGGGGAAGGGGGGGAGAAGGUCCAGUGGGAGAUUGUUGGAGACAUGGAUCUGGGGGAGGCGGUUGGGAUUGCUAAUAAGAAUGUAGAUAGUAAGGACUUGUGA